UCUUUUUCUAAUUAGUACGUCAUUCGUUAGGUAUUUGAGGGAACUUAUUAUGAAUUUUAUGUGACGCUUUAUUGUUUUUUAUUAAAUAAAUAUAUAAUUUAUGGUUUAGAUAUGUGGGUUUUAUUUUUUCUUCAGUACUUGGUACUGGGGUUAGCUUUAGCACAAGACAAUUUGUACAACGAUAAUAAUAACAACCCAAAUAACUAUGGAACAAACAACUACGGAGCAAAUAGUUAUGGAACAAAUAAUUAUGGAGCAAAUAAUCAACCCUUAGACUAUAGUCAAAACAAUAUCAACAACCCCAAUAGGGAUUUAAACGUUAAUUUUAAUCAAAAUAGCAAUAAUAAUCCAAAUGUGAACAAUUAUAAUACUCCUUUUAAAACAUACAAUUAUGAUAAUAAUCAAAACAGUUAUAUAGGCAGUAAUGGGUAUUUUACCGAAUUAAAGUGCCCUGAACAUUGGUAUCAGUUUCAAGAUUCGUGCUAUAGGUUCAUUAAGUCACCGUUAAAAGCAUACAAUGAGGCCAGAAAAAUUUGUCAGACUUAUUCUCAAGACCAAGGUGGUUCAGAUCUAGUGUCUAUUACCUCUCCUGAAGAACACGGUUUUCUAAUAAACAAUCUCAACUGGAUUGACCCAUCGCACAGAAGAUGGUAUGUGGGUGCAUACCAAACUUCCCACAACUAUUACACAAAUCCAGAUGGAAAACAAUUUAUAAACAUCGAAAACGCCAUAUUACCGGACAACGACGAGCCGUACGGUAAAGAUUACUUGGUGUACAGUUUCUCGAAGAAAAACAUGCACUGGGGUUUCCAACCCGUUCGAGGCGACGAACCUUUGUUGUUCAUAUGCGAGGGAAACAUCAGAGCGCUGCAACGAUUGGUCAACGACGAGCGCACUUACACGUACGGUAUAGACAUAGUGAAUCCAGAGAGGAUACCGAGAGGCCCCUUCUUCAUCAAGCAACCCAUGGACUCCACAUACGACACCAAAAACAACGUGUCCAACGAUAUAUCGCUGAAUUGCUUUGCAGGCGGCUACCCGACUCCCACCUACGAAUGGUUCCGGGAGGACUACGAAAACGACCGACUAGUCGCGAGGAAAAUCGACCCGCUGGUGGACGGUAGGUACACCACUAGCGGCGGCAUGUUGAUCAUACACAGCCCCAACGAGCGAAUGGACCACGCCACCUACCACUGUAAAGCGUCGAACACUUUUGGCACGAUCAUUUCCGAAAGUGUGCAGCUCAACUUCGGCUUCAUUCGCGAGUUCGUUUUGAAGAGGUCCCCCGAAGCCGGCGAUCAAAAUUGGGGCAAAUCCAUAUACUGCGACCCCCCGAACCACUUCCCUUCGGUUCGUUACUCGUGGUCUCGUGACUACUACCUGAAUUUAGUCGAAGAGGACAAAAGGAUUUUCGUGUCGAACGAUGGUGCUCUAUAUUUCUCAGCUUUAGAAACUAUAGACAGAGCUAAUUAUAGUUGUAGCGUUCACUCGUCAAUUUUGGUUUCGGGAAAGAAUGGACCCUUUUUCCCUCUAAGAGUCAAUCCACAUUCCAACUAUCAGCAACUUAAGUUUCCAAAUAACUUUCCAAAGGCUUUCCCAGAAGCUCCCACAGCUGGAAAGGAAGUCAGAUUGGAAUGUGUCGCGUUUGGAUACCCUGUGCCAAGUUACAACUGGACUAGAAAAGACGGAGUGCUCCCCAGAAGCGCGUAUUUCCAAAGCUACAACCGCGUUCUCAUCAUCCCAAAAGUGCAAGUCGAAGAUGAAGGCGAAUACAUUUGCAGAGCGUAUAACGACCGGUCGAGCGCCGAACACAGUGUUGUAUUAAACAUACAGGCCGAGCCAAACUUCACCAUACCCUUAACGGACAAGCACAUCGACAAAAAGGGCCAGCUGGUUUGGACGUGCGAGGCUUUCGGCAUACCGGACGUGAACUACACUUGGUGGAAGAACGGCAGGCAGUUGGUGAUGGGUUAUUUGGAGCCUGAAGAUAGAGGCAGGGUUAAAAUACAGGACAACGUGCUUACGAUCAGUCAUUUGGACGAUGAGAGGGACCCGGGGAUGUACCAAUGCAGAGCGUUUAACACUUUGAAGACGCGCUAUUCAUCGGCGCAGUUGAGGGUGCUGGCGUUUAAGCCUUCUUUCAAGAAGACCCCGUUGGAAUCUGAGACUUACGCGGCCGAACAGGGUAACGUGACGCUAAAAUGUAACCCCGAGGCGGCGCCCAGGCCGAAGUUCACUUGGAUCAAGGAUGGGAAUGUUAUAGGGUCGGGCGGGCAUAGAAAAAUAUACGAGAAUGGUAAUCUGUUUAUUAGCCCUGCAUCCAGGGACGAUGAGGGGGUUUACACGUGCAGGGCCAAUAAUGAGUUGGGGAUGGAUGAAUCCAAGGGCAGGUUGAUUGUGUUGCGCGGGCCCAGACUGGUCGAACAGCUAAACCCUCGAAUAGUUACAAUUGUGGGCUCGGAUAUCGAUCUCAGGUGCUAUGCUGUGACGGAUGAGAUGUUGGACGUUGCUUACAUCUGGACCCAUAACGGUAUGGUUAUUAGGGAUUUGGAUGUAAAAAAUUCCUACAACCGACUGAAAAUAGACGGUGGUUAUUUGAGGAUAAUCAACAACACGUUUUCCGACGCCGGUGAAUACAAAUGCAUAGUUAAAUCGGCCGUCGGAAAAAUAUUCUCCAAGUCCAUGGUGAUCAUCGAAGGUCCACCUGGACCGCCAGGCGGCGUGGAAGUGAUCAACAUACAAAAAACCUCGACGACGCUGCAAUGGACCGACGGCGCUAAUCAUGGUUCGCUAAUUCAGCUGUACACGAUCAGCGGCAGAACCAACUGGAACAGUACUUGGGUGAACAUAACCGAAGGUAUAAGCGCAAGGGAGAUCGACAGGUACACCGGCCGUAAGGAAGCCGUCAUAGAAAACACCAACAACCAAUGGUUGACGCCUUGGUCCGUCUACGAGUUCAGGGUGUCGGCCAUUAACAGCCUAGGCGUUGGACCGCCAUCGGCGCCCAGCCCACGAAGAUCAACGCCGCCGGAAAGACCGUUCGUAGCGCCCAAAAACAUCGGCGGCGGCGGCGGCAAAAUAGGCGACCUCACCAUCACCUGGGAACCCCUGCGAUCCGAAGAGCAAAACGGCAACGGCAUCCACUACAAGAUAUUCUGGAAGCGCAAGGACUUCGAGCCGGAAUUCCAGAGCAAAGUGCUCAAGGAGUACGGGCAAGUCGGCAAAGCCGUCGUGCACAUCCCCAUUGCUUUCUACUACACUGAGUACGUGGUCAAAGUACAGGCUAUCAACGAUAUAGGACCCGGUCCCAUAAGCCACGAGGUUGUCAUUUACUCCGCUGAAGAUAUGCCGCAACCUUCGCCGCAGUUGGUCUACGCUAAAUCCUACAACUCCACAGCGCUCAACGUUAGCUGGGUACCGAUAUCGCCCGACAGAGAGCAAGUGAGAGGCAAGCUCAUUGGACACAGGCUUAAGUACUGGAAAAAAGAUACCAACGAACAGGACAGUGUGUACUACUUAUCAAGAACGACCAGACCAUGGGCUCUUAUUGUUGGCUUGCAACCAGACACCUACUACUUUGUCAAAGUGAUGGCGUACAAUGCUGCCGGUGAAGGACCUGAAAGUGAAAGAUAUUUGGAACGUACAUACAGAAAGGCGCCACAAAAGCCCCCAUCAUCUGUAUUUGUGUAUCCCAAGGAUCCUUCUACCGUCAAAGUCGUGUGGCGAUACGUGCAACCUUCUUUGGAGGAAGAACCCCUACAAGGCUACAAGAUUCGUGUAUGGGAGGCCGACCAAGACUUGGCGACAGCAAAUGACACAAUUAUACCGUUCGGAGCGGAAUUGGAGGGCUAUGUGUACAAUUUAACCCCGGGUAAAACCUACAAACUUCGUGUUUUGGCUUACUCCAACGGAGGUGAUGGUAGAAUGAGCUCUCCCGAGUGGACCUUUCAAAUGGGCAAUCCACGGUAUUAUAGGAGUUCAGCCACAGACAUAUCCAUAAGUUUCUUAGUAAUAGCUAUUACCGUUUGCCUUAGUAUGUACAAUAAUUUAAGGUUAGUGUGAUUUUAACUGCCGUUGUCCAUUAGUAGUUAGAGAUUUUCGUGUUAGGUACCUGUAAAUGAUUAUUUUUUUACCUCACCAAAGCAGGUAUUUUUGUAAAUAUUGAUUGUGUUAUGAAAUCCGUCCAUUUACACUAGGUUUUAAAGAAGGGUAAACCAAUGAAAUUAUUAUUUUUUUAAAUUUUGUUUUACAACACAUUUUAACGCACUAUAAUAUCGCAGAAUAAAAAUUAUAUACAUACAAAUUCAAUAUAUGUCUACUACACUGCAAUUUUUUCAUCGUAAAAAUGUUGAAUUAUAAAACCUAUUUUUUAUAUUUACAUUUUUAAUAAAAAUCAUUUUUAUAUUA